AUGUCCACCUCCGACCCCUUCACCUUCCUCUCCCUCUCAGCCCAAAUCGUCAAACCACCAAUAACAACAAACUCAAUCCUAAACUUCCCCCCAACCCAAAUCCUCUCCGACGCAACCUCAACCCGCAUCAUAAUCCCCCAAAAUUUCCCUUCCCUCCUCUCCAAAUUCCUCACCCACAAACUCACAUCCGGCUCGACGCCCGAGAAGAUCCUCUACCACAACCUCUCAUGGCAAGACCUCGUCACCCGCCUCCUAGCAAAACGCCCUCUAAUGUUCAUGGGUUCCACCGACCACACCAUGUUGCGCAACGGCACGCAUCCUCGCUUUCCAGCACAACAAUGGGAUCGCAAUGGUACUGAUUCCGAACAUUUGAAUCCGGGUCUGCGGCUGGAAGAAUAUCUCUCCUAUGAUGAAAUCAUGCUGAGUUCCUUGAUUGGAGUCAGUGGGCCUUCGCAUUUCAUCAAUUCCGGCUCGAGAUAUAAUGGUGGGGUUCUGGAUCCUGUGGGUACUUUUGAGGAACGAGGGAUUAUCAUUGGAUUGGUGGGUGCGAGAUUCGAGAGGGGGGAUCGGAUGGAUAGUGUUUUCAUGCUGCCUGCAGUGGAGAGUCCGAGACAGCAUCCGGAACUCACGAGGCUGUUUUUUGAAUUCUUUGGGGUGGAGAGGGGGGAGGGAGUGAGGGGGUUUGAUGUGGAAGUUUAUAAGGCGAGGAUUCGAAUCACGGCCAAUGUGCUUCUUUUGGAAGCUAAUGCGAGAGCGAAGGAUGAUGGGAGGACGGCGUAUGUGUAUGUUGUGGGGCUUGGGUUGGGAGUUUGGGAGAGGGAUCGGAGGCAGGCGGAGGUGUAUGUUCAGACUUUUGGGGAGGCGAUUGAGGAAUUGGAGAUUGGAAGUGUGAGUACGGUGGAGUUUGCUUGGAUUGAUGUUUCGGAGAGGACGCAGCGGUUGGUGAAGAGCGCUGGGAGGGAGAAAGGGACUGAGAUCGUUUUCAGCAAACGAGAUCCGGCGGCGAAGUUGGAGAAGGAGGGAGAGUUGCUUGUGUUGAGCUAUGCUUGGGAUGGGAACAGCUUUCCGGGCAAUGAGUACUGGGGAGGAUCAUUGAUGGGUUCGGGAGAUCCAGCGGCUGCCUGCAUGAGCACUAUCGGAGAGCUGCACAAUCCGCUUGUGAAUCCGGGGUAUUUGAAGCGGAUCGUSAUGGCGGGAGAGGCGGUUUGA